UCCUGGCGCGCCGGCGGGGCGACCCGGGUGCCGGCGCCGUGCGGGCGACACGCGCGUCUCUGCGGGGCUGCGCGGGGUCCGCGGAGCGGCUGGGGGCGCGCGGCGCGGGCGCGGCGCUGGGCGCGGGGGGCGCUCCCGGCCGGGAUGAGCUCACCGCAGUCGCGCCGGGGCUGAGCGCCGAGCGGGGCGGCGGCGGGGCGGGCGGCGGCUCCUCGGCGGCUCCGCGGCGGCCCGGGCCGCGCGCCACCAUGCUGGGCCUGGACGCGUGCGAGCUGGGGGCGCAGCUGCUGGAGCUGCUCCGGCUGGCGCUGUGCGCCCGAGUCCUCCUGGCUGACAAGGAGGGUGGGCCACCGGCAGUGGACGAGGUGCUGGAUGAGGCUGUGCCCGAGUACCGGGCGCCAGGGAGGAAGAGCCUCUUGGAGAUCCGGCAGCUGGACCCGGACGACAGGAGCCUGGCCGAGUACAAGCGGGCGCUGCUGGGGCCCAUGCCACCGGCCGUGGACCCAAGCCUGCCCAAUGUGCAGGUGACCAGGCUAACACUCUUGUCGGAGCAGGCUCCAGGGCCCGUCGUCAUGGAUCUCACAGGUCUCAGCCUGUGGGGCGUUCCGACCCUAGCUGCAGUUUCCCCAAUAGGGGACCUGGCUGUUCUGAAGGACCAGGUGUUUAUCCUGAAGGAAGGGGUUGAUUACAGAGUGAAGAUCACCUUCAAGGUCCACAGGGAGAUUGUCAGCGGCCUCAAGUGUCUGCACCACACCUACCGCCGGGGCCUGCGCGUGGACAAGACCGUCUACAUGGUGGGCAGCUACGGCCCAAGCGCCCAGGAGUAUGAGUUUGUGACUCCGGUGGAGGAAGUGCCGAGGGGUGCACUGGUGCGGGGCCCCUACCUGGUCGUGUCCCUCUUCACCGAUGAUGACAGGACGCACCACCUGUCCUGGGAGUGGGGUCUCCGCAUCUGCCAGGACUGGAAGGACUGAACCCCCAGUCCUUGUCUCCCCCACCUCCCUCAGCUGCUGCCCAGGGACUCCCAAGCAUCCCCAGCACCCCCUGUGAGUGACCAGACCCUCCCCUGCUGCCCCUGCUCUGUCCCGGGACCCCCUGGGCCUGGCGCUGUCCCCUGAGCUGUCCCAUUAAACGUGGCCCUGUCUCGGUG